CCUCUGCUGCACACCUGCCGUAGUGCGUCAUGGCGUAAGCAGCAACUCCUCCAUACGCAUCUUCAGCAUGGUGAAGUUACUCCAGGACUGGCUGCUCACGCUAAGCUUUCAAAACUGGAGCAUUGUUUCAAGAUAAACAACAGUGUUCAAUUGUAAACGCAGAAGAAACGCUGAGCAGUGAUCUCUGAAGCUGGGCUUCGCUCUGCGUUUCCACUGCUGAGAAAUUUAACAGCCGUAUCGUCAAUCAACAGCUGCCAUGACCCAAGAGACACAUUUCCAUCGACAACACUGGAGUGAGAUCCCUGCUGACACUUUCGAGAGUAGCCCGUUCAGCAUCGAUACACCAUAUGGGUACCAGCUUGACUUAGACUUUGUUAAAUACGUGGAUGAUAUUGAGCGAAGUGACACCAUUCGCCGACUGCAUUUUAACAAGCGGCCGGGGGUGGCAAAUGCUGCCUCUGAGCCGCAACGCAUCAUAAACCCCACAAACUGGACUUCGUCAGAGUCUUUGUCCUCGGUGAGCAGUGAUGAAGCCAAGAAAACCUCUCCCUCUUCAUCCUCUUCCUCUUCUUCUGUCAACAAAAGAAGACCGCCACUUCCCCAUUCCAAACCUAAAUUUUCCAGCCAAAGACCAGACGUCCCUCAAGACCUAGUUACCUCUCAGCGGGAUAAACAUGGGACGCCUACCCCAGCCACACAACACCCUACCCCAACCAAAUCAAAUCCUCUAGUAGAAAAGACUCUGAUGGAAACAUGCAAGCGUUUGGAACACGAGAAAGGCUCAUCGCAGCAAGAACCUCCAGAACCACAGCCGCGCCGUAGACUGGCCAGUUUUGGUGGUCUUGGCUCUACCGGUACACUGUCUCCAUACACAAGCUGGAGUGCCCUAAAUCAAGGUGCUAAGAUGACAGUCCUAGACCAGCCCAGGCAAGGUACCUUGUUAUUGGGGAGCGGCCUAAAAAUCAGCCCCUCAAGCUCAGGCCGGGCAUCUCCAGUGAGCGGUGUGAGCCCACUCCACCUGCAGAUGGUCAGGGAUCAGAUGGCAGCUGCUUUACGAAGAUUAAAGGACCUGGAGGAGCAAGUGAAUGCCAUUCCUGUCCUACAGGUGAAGAUUGCUGUUUUGCAGGAAGAAAAGAGACAACUGACCGCCUUGGUCAAGAACCAAGAUGAAGCUCAAAAAUCUAGCUCUAGCAUUGACAAAGAUUUACAAGAAUUGAACAGCAAACCAGCGAUGGAGAGUUGGGAGCACAGUGCCAUCUCUGGUCUGACGGAUUUUCAACAGCUCAGUGUUGAAAUGCAACUGCUUGAAAGGAAGAUCCAAGACGCACGUCUUGAAUCCUCAGCUUUCAAGAUGAGGGAUCGAAAGUCUGUCGCAGUUGGCGAUGACAGGCCCAUCGAUGAAGUCAUUGUCAUUCAUCAACACAAAUUAAACUUCAGUAAGGAUGUUGCUGUCGAUGCCAAACUUGAGACUCAGUCAGUGGCUGUCGGCGUCACUGAGACUAUGCUUGGCAUGGAAUCCGACAAGGAAGCAGAAACUGAGUUGCAGCAGCAAACCAUCCAACAUUUAAGUGACCGGGUUCAGAUACUGGAAGCUGAGCUUAAAGAAGCAAUGCUCAAGGCAGAAAUGGGCAGGUUGAGGAGUGAACUGCGGGAAGCAGAAGCGAGAAACCGUGCUGACAAGAGUUCCUCCACACACCCGCAGGUAAACUGCGCUGCCACCCAGACUGAGUUGCAAACUCGCACUCUUGGGGUUGGAAACCACACCAACCUUGUGCAUUCUGCUGUUGGAGGAGGACUAGAGCAGAUUUCCAUUGGUGUUGGAGUUUCCUGCAAACCUGAGAUGAAGGUUGCAUCGUCUGGCCCAGAUACACCUAUGGAAGAGUGGGAAGUGCGCAAAAGAGUAGAGAAAAAAGAUCAGUGUGUCGGAAGCAAGAGUGUGGCAACACACAGUCAAGGUGUUGGGACGACAGUGUGUGUGUGUGAUGCUGCCACAAUUACCUCAGAGACAAUGGAGAACAAAAGGAGCGUUUCCUGCCAAACAGUGGGCUGUGGUGACUGCACGGUCGACGUGGAUGUCAGAUCUGUCAAAUCACUAAUUUCCCAAGGAACUGUCACUGACCCAGUUCGAAGUGUUGAUUUGGGUGUGAUGGCAAUCCCUCAGACCAUGUCUCAGCGUACCAGCACAGCCUUUUGCACCGUCUCGCGCAGCACCAGCACUUUGCAUGCCUGUAUCUCUGAAGCCAGCACCAACACAAAGCACACACUGACCAGGGAAAGACAUACCAACACAGCACAUGCAAUGACCCGAUCUCUGGCGGUUGGAGAUGGGAAGGUUUGCGACCGAGUGGCUGCUGUUCAGAUGCGCUCUGUUGGAACCACUGCAUGCUUAGAUAGAGACACAAGCACCCCUGUUGUUCCUAAUGUUAUGACACGUGAUGUGGGCGUUGGAAUGGCAAAUAUCAAUGAGAAUAUCCUCAUCGGACUCCAUACGCGGAACAUUGCAUGUGGUCCAUCCCGUCUGCCAGAUCCGGUUAAGACACGUAGCGUUGGAGUAGAAGUGGGAGACGGGAGAAUACGCGACUCAGAGGGCCAAAUGUUUGUGCAGACUGAGCCUGGACUUGACCAUUAUAUAGGUCGCAUGCAAAAAUUACUUCAAGAACAACAGGACCUAUUAACUGACAGUCACCCUGGGGCAAAACAUGAGGUCAUUCUACAGUCCCCUGGUGUUUUAAAUAAACAAGUUGGAGGCAUUGCACAAAACCAGACAUCAAAUGAAACUUCAAAAGUUCAAGAAAAGAAUCAAAUGGAGUUGCAGAUGUCUGCUGCUCUUCAUGGCUCACCCAGUGAUGAUCGUUGUCUCAGGUCCAUCAUGAAAAGGAGAAGCACUACUCUGAAGUCCAUGGAUAGUAUGAACCCUAAGCCUCCCUCACAUGGAGGUACUGUGGACCCCCUGUCUGAGGGUGGUGAUUCUGAGGAUGAAGAGCAUAAAAAAAGAGAAAAGAGGGAGAAAGAUGGGAGUUCCAAAGAUAAAGGGAAGAUUCCCAAGAGAAAAGAAAGGUAUAAAUUUAGUGAGAAGAUGCUUUCUGCCUGCCAAACUCUGGAGGUUCACCUCAGUGGCAGCAAGGUUAUAUCCAACAGAGAACUGCGUUCCUGUCUGAGCACAGUGCAGCAGGAGUGGUUCUGUGUGUCCAGUCAGAAGAGGGCAUGCCCACAGAUCGUGGAGGACUUCCUCUCCGCUUGCCGCCAUGUCUCGCCUGAUGUCCUGUGCUAUGUGGCCAACAUGGCUGACCAAAAUGGCAACACAGCCCUCCACUACAGUGUGUCACACUCUAAUUUCAGCAUAGUAAAGAUUCUGCUUGCUGCAGGAGUAUGUAAUGUUGAUCAUCAGAAUAAGGCUGGUUAUACUCCCAUAAUGCUUGCCUCCCUGGCUGCCGUGGAAACAAAAGAUGACAUGAUGGUGGUGCAAGAACUCUUCAGCAGAGGAGAUGUUAAUGCCAAGGCCAGCCAGGCUGGUCAGACAGCUCUCAUGCUAGCAGUCAGUCAUGGGCGUAUAGAUAUGGUCAGGGCUCUGCUGGCUGCUGGGGCAGAGGUCAACAUCCAGGAUGAUGAGGGGUCAACUGCUCUAAUGUGUGCUGGUGAACACGGCCAUGCUGACAUUGUCAAACUCUUACUGGCCCAGCCAGGCUGUGAUGCCACACUGACUGACAAUGAUGAGAGCACUGCUCUGUCCAUUGCUCUGGAGGCUGGGCACAAAGAUAUCGCUAUGCUUCUCUAUGCCCAUGUCAACUACUCAAAGGGCCAACCUAGGUUUCUUUUUGUGUGUGUGUGUGUGUGAAUGCUCAUCCACAGGGUUCCCCUCGAAGCAAGACUCCACCUGUUGCACGCAUAAGCUCUUCUGAUUGAUAUGACAUUUUCCCAUGCUCUCUUCAUCCAUUCAGACAUCUCCUCUGAACGACCUGUUCAAUCAUAUGACUGAGAUGAAUGCGACAGGUUGUUUUCCAACAGGUGUAAUAUUAAAGAGAGCAGUAUUUUCAAAAGUGCAGUGCACUGUUGGUAUUACAAGCUGCAUCAUUUAUUCUCUUCUUUACUGACAGUUAUGUUUUCCAGAUAUACAAAUACCAGUUAUGCAGACUGACAGUAAUAAAGACCUACUAUAAUAGGAAACUGCAUGUCAAAACAGUUUUAUAUAUUCAUUUUAGGUGAUAUAUAAAUUUAUAUGCAUUUUAGGAUUAUAUAAAUUUUUUCAAAUUUUAAAAGCUUGAAUUAGUUUCUUGUAAUAUAUAUUUUACCAAGUAGGCUAUACACUCUUCAUUUCCAAAAUCUGAAAUCUAGAUUUUAAGAACUCUUAAUAAAAGUGAAUAAAAUGUAAAUGUCAUGUUCAUAUAUAAGUAAAUAAAU